AUGCUACUGUUACAUAUUCCGUUUGUUCACGCCUCACUGCUAAGCUUCAAUGGCACCAGCAUCUCUGCACUCGAUGCUAGCGAGUCCCCAUCCUGCGGUGAUACCAGAUCCUUGUCGGACAUCAUCUGGAGUUGCGCUGCAACUCUAUUCGCAUGCACAUGGACUGCAAUACACCCAAACAUCCCGGGCAUGGAGGAGGAGAAAUGGACUGUUUUUUCACGUCGCCUAGGCAUCAUGAUCAUGGCGCUGAUCGCCCCCGAACUCAUAAUCACCUGGGCCACAUUGCAGUUUCUAAGUGCUCAGUGGACAGUGACGCAUGGGUUUUUCGCGUGGAUGGGCGGAUUCAUGCUCUACGUCAAUGGCGAGCCGCUAGCCCCUCUUCGACCUGACGAACUUUUGUCCUAUGUUGAUUAUGGAUCGGUGGACGUACCCGUCAUCGUGGAAGCAGACAUAGAAGAUCGAAGCAAGGGCGAUGCACUAUCCAAAGGCAUUGCCGUUCUUCAGCUGGCGUGGUUCAUUCUCCAACUUGCUGCCCGUUAUUUCCAAGACCUUCCAAUGACACUGCUUGAAAUUGACACCCUGGCGGUAGCUGCCCUGACCAGCAUUGCCUAUGGCUUUUGGUGGAAGAAGCCUAAGGAUGUUGGGCGUCCUUAUGCUGUUCAUUGGAAAGCAACAUAUGCGCCAAGCAGAGAAGCCUACAACGCAGAGGAUGAAGAUUUCUCCAACAAAAACUGGUUAUAUUAUCUUGUUUGUCUCUUCAAACCCUUUUUGAGUCUUGCGGGCAUCUCAGAGGGCAUUUCUCCCCGUGCCAACCGAGAACGUCGAGUUCCAAUUUUAGGUGGCUAUGAUGAUAAUUUCUUGGAAAGUCGUAAUCAUGUCAUUACGCUUUUUUUUGGAUGUUUCAGUGGGAUGGUGUUUGGGGCGAUACAUUGUCUAGGCUGGAAUUUUUUGUUUCAGGGGCAUGCAGAGCAGAUACUAUGGCGUGCGGCUUCCCUUGCGAUAAUAUCCGCACCGCUAUCUAUUCUUCUGCUGUUUAGCUAUGUCGUUUGGUUGACAGACUGGAAAAAGAUGGGUAGUAGCGUGGUUCUCGCUGUAUCCGUCAACUUUUUCAUAUAUUUUGUCGCACGCGUUAUACUGAUCGUACUUUUAUUGAUGAGCUUACGAUCGCUGCCUCCUGGCGUAUACGAUGUAGUAGCUUGGACCAAGUUUUUUCCACACUUCUAG